CCAUGGCAAUUUUUUACACUUGUCAAAAUUUUCUCACAUAUGUGUCAGUUGGCCGAAUCAUCUUAAAAUUAAACAAAAACCAUGAGUGUAACACCAAAACUGGAUGAUUUGGUCCAAUCGGUUUCACUAUACACUCAAAAAAGGACUUUAUUUCAUUUGUACGUUUUACCGUUUGUAUUUAUUUACACUAGCUGGAUCUACGUGUGGUGCGGAAUUUAUGGGUUUUUUGAACAUUACGAAGGGGGUUUUGUGGGUUUAGCUGCUGUGGGAUGUGUACAAAUACUGUGCUGUUUGGCAUGUUACUGGUCUGUUCAUGUUAAUUGCUUUUUCACGUGUCGAAAGGCAAAGGACCCUUUCAGGGCAACAGUGGUUAAGGUUGUGCCCACAGCCAAUAAUGGGUCAUCGGAACUUGUACGCUUGCAGCAAAGCAAAGAUGGCAGCAAAAGCCCAUGGUUCAUCUUCCAAAAAACGAAAUAUUUAUGGGACUCCGAUAAGAAGACAUUCCGCGGUCUCGAAUUUCCAAUCCACAAACAGUAUUGCGAAUACAUGUCCUGGAAAGGCUACCAGGAAGAAGAAGACAUCCAACAAGCUGAACAACUCUACAACAAGAACCAGCUCGAUAUGGUCGUACCCGAAUUUAUGGAACUGUUCAAAGAACGAGCAACAGCUCCAUUCUUUGUAUUCCAAGUGUUUUGUGUGGGUUUGUGGUGUUUGGACAAAUACUGGUACUACUCGAUUUUCACACUCGUCAUGUUGGUAAUGUUCGAAUGCACUCUCGUCCAACAACAAUUACGCAAUAUGGCCGAAAUCAGAAAAAUGGGUAACAAACCUUAUAGUUUACUUGUAUACAGGAAUAGGAAAUGGAGGUCUAUAACCACGGAUGAAUUAAUCCCAGGCGAUAUCAUAUCAAUAACGCGUUCACAGAAAGAUAAUCUUGUACCGUGUGACGUGCUUUUGUUACGAGGGUCGUGUAUUGUUGAUGAGAGUAUGUUGACUGGGGAAUCAGUUCCACAAAUGAAGGAAGCAAUAGAAAAUUGUGACCUGAAGAAGGAACUAGACCCAGACACUGAUGGAAAAUUGCAUGUACUUUUCGGUGGUACUAAAGUGGUACAACAUACACCACCUACCAAAGCAACCACUGGGUUAAGACCGCAAGACAACGGUUGCGUAGCGUAUGUCCUUCGGACCGGCUUCAACACCUCACAAGGCAAACUCCUACGUACGAUUUUAUUCGGAGUUAAACGAGUGACCGCAAAUAAUAAAGAAACGUUCGGUUUCAUUAUGUUUUUGUUGAUUUUUGCAAUCGCCGCAGCCGCUUAUGUUUGGAAUAAAGGUUGCGAAGACCCGAACCGUAACCGCUACAAACUCUUCCUCGAAUGCACCCUUAUCUUGACUUCCGUAAUUCCCCCGGAAUUACCAAUCGAAUUGUCGCUGGCCGUCAACACUUCACUCUUAGCUCUUUCGAAAUUGGGCGUAUUUUGCACCGAACCGUUCCGAAUCCCUUUUGCCGGCAAAGUAGAUAUCUGCUGUUUUGAUAAAACGGGGACCCUUACGAGUGAUAAUCUAGUAGUUGAGGGAAUAGCACUGGCUAAAGACGACUCAACGGUUACACCAAUCGGUGAAGUUCCAACCGAAUCGGUUCAUGUUUUAGCCACUUGUCAUUCACUCGUACAAAUGGAUGAUGGGUUAGUGGGUGACCCGCUUGAGAAAGCUACACUAACCGCAAUCGACUGGAAUUUAACUAAAGCCGAUGCGGUUAUACCGAAACGUGGCAAAUCGCCAGGACUUAAAGUGUUCCACAGACACCACUUUUCCUCCUCCUUGAAACGCAUGUCCGUAAUUGCCGGUUAUAAUCCGUUAGGGUCAACUGAAACCGUCUACAUUGCCACGGUUAAAGGCGCUCCUGAGACUCUAAGAGAUAUGUUUUCGGAAGUCCCGGACAAAUAUGACGAGGUUUAUUUGGAAUUGUCGAGACGUGGAGCUAGAGUCUUAGCUUUAGGGUGGAAAGAACUCGGCAAGUUAAACACCCAAGAACUGAGAGAAAAGACACGAGACGAUGUAGAAAAAGAAUUGAAAUUUGCCGGUUUUGUGAUAAUUUCGUGUCCUUUGAAAGGUGAUUCAAAGGUCGUUAUUAAAGAAUUACAAAACGCUUCACAUUGCGUUGUUAUGAUCACUGGGGAUAAUCCUUUGACGGCGUGUCACGUGGCAAAAGAACUGAAAAUUACUACAAAAACUACGCUGAAUUUAACGGAGAAAAAGGGCGAGUGGGUGUGGGAAUCUAUUGAUCAGAGCGAAAAACUACCGCUUGAAUACGAUUAUAAAACACUGGUCGCUAAAUACGAUUUGUGCAUCACUGGGGAUGCGUUGAGCUAUUUAAGACAGAAUUUUAAUACGUUCCUUAAUUUGAUUAUUCCCCAUAUCAAGGUUUUCGCUCGAUUUGCCCCAAAACAGAAAGAGUUUGUCGUUGUUCAAAUGAAAAGUUUGGGGUACACUGCUCUGAUGUGUGGCGAUGGGACUAACGAUGUCGGGGCGUUGAAACAUGCAGAUGUUGGAGUGGCAAUUUUGGCAAAUGCGCCUGAAAGGACUACCGAUAUCAAAGAGUUUAAGGAAAAAAUCGAGAAAGAGAAGGAGAAGAAACUUAAGGAGAUCCAAGCGGUUAAAAGCAAAACGAAUCACGUCAAGAGCGCUGAUCAGAGAGAGAAAUUGCAAGCUAAUCUGAACAGGAUAAUGAAGGAAUUGGAAGAAACGCAAGUUGUUAAAUUGGGAGAUGCCAGUAUUGCAUCACCGUUUACGAGCAAAUUGUCGUCGAUUAUGUGCAUUUGCCAUAUCAUAAAGCAAGGACGGUGCACGUUAGUGACCACCCUUCAAAUGUUUAAAAUCCUUGCUUUAAACGCUCUUAUCCUAGCCUAUACUCAGUCGGUGUUGUACUUGGAUGGAAUCAAAUUAAGAGACAUGCAAGCAACGUUGCAAGGGCUUCUUUUGGCGGCUUGUUUCUUAUUCAUAUCGAGGUCAAAGCCGCUUAAAACCUUAUCAAAGCAGCGACCUCUCCCAAAUAUCUUCAAUUUAUACACAAUCGCGACUGUUCUUCUCCAGUUUACUGUACAUUUCUUGUGUUUGAUAUUUUUAGUACAACAAGCCAAGCUACGAACGCCUGUGGAUGAGAAACAAGCAAAUUCGACUGAACCUCCUAAAGUACUGACAGAAGAGGAGGAAGACGAAUUGUUUGAGCCAAAUAUUGUAAAUAGUACAGUGUACAUAAUAUCAAUGGCUUUACAAAUCGCAACGUUUGCUAUUAAUUAUAGAGGUAACCCUUACAUGGAGAGUUUGCGCCAAAACAAAGCAUUAUUGUAUAGUAUUUUGGGAUCAGGAGGGACUGUGUUAGCUUUAACUUUGGGAAUCGUACCUGAAUUAUCAACACAAUUUGAAAUAAUCGAUUUUCCUCCAGAUUUUCGAAUUAUUCUGUUGCAAGUCCUGUUUGCCGAUUUCUUCUUUUCGUAUCUUGUUGAUAGAAUCUGUCUUUGGUUGUGCGGUGAAGGUAAAAUGAAAGUGUCUUAAAUGAAAUGAAUGGUAAAACAAUUGUGUAUUAUAAUUGACUAGUAUUUAAUUGUUGUAUUUUUUAAUUUGUUAAAUAAUUUAUCAUUCCAUUUGAACGUUUAAGAAAAUUUGUUGAAAACAAACCGCUGUAUUUCCGUACUAAUCAAAAUGAAAUCGUGGAUUAGACUUGAAGAGCACCAGUCAUAUUUAGAUAUUUUUCUAGCGACGUAAUCGUUUUUCUAGUCCACUGCAUUUAAAGUCGUUUUUAACUGAAUGUACGAGAAAAAUGAAUAAAAUUGUGCAAGUUA